AUGGAAACUUGGAAAAAAUUUCAGCUGUCAAAGGAAGAAGAAGAGGGGAUUACGGCAGAUGUUGAAGAGAUCUGCGAAGAAGAAGUGUUCAAACGCACACUUACGGGGAGACUCUGGACGGACAACAGUUUUAACACACGCGCCUUCACAAGUACGAUGCUCAGUGCGUGGAAACUCAAAAAUCCCGUGGAAGUGCAAGAACUUAGUAAGAACCUGUUCCUUUUUCGAUUUACGACUAAGCAAGAUCUGGAAGGAGUUCUCCGAAAUGGCCCAUGGAGUUUCAACAGGAACCUUCUAGUGCUGGAUCGAGUCUCAGGGGAGGAGCAACCAUCUGAUUUGAAUAUGCAUUUUGGAACCUUCUGGGUUAGAGUGUAUGAACUACCACUUAUGCUCAGGUCGGAGGCGAUGGCUAAGAAAUUAGGUGGGAUCCUAGGUGUUUUUGAAGAGUUGGAUCAAAAGGAGGCUCAUAAGAAUGGGAGGUUUCUGCGCAUAAAAGUGAAGAUUGAUCUGAAGAAACCCCUAAAGAGCGGUACAAUGGUUCGCUUCAAGGAGAAAAACUUAAGAGUCCAUUUUAAAUACGAACGGAUGCCUACCUUCUGCUUUGUGUGCGGUAGAUUAGGACAUCAAAUCAAAAAUUGUGAGGCUGUAGGCGAUUUAAGCGAAAAAGGAUUUGAAGACUUAGAGGAGCAAGAUCUUUCCUUUGAGGCCUGGUCGAGAGCGUCCCCACUGCCAAAGACUCAUGACGAAACGAGGAAGAAGGACUCAAACUCCAGCUCCUGCAGCAAAAUUUUGUUUAACCUUUCUUCAGGACAAAGUAGAUGCGAGGCAGGAGGAAAAGAGAAGGAAGGAGAAGGGGAGGAGGUCGAACAAAUCAAAGAGAAGGAAGUGGCAGACAAAUCAAAAGAGUUAACCUUACUAAAUCCAGCUCUGGAAUAUAAGAGAUGUCCGGAGAUUGAAGCUAUGGCAGAAUCCCUAGGGGCGGUUGAUAUCACAAAUGUGGGGAGAGGGGGAGGUGCUCCUUCAAAGGAAGGAAAUCCCAAAAAGAAAAAAUUGACUAGAAGGCCAGCUGCGAGGAAGGUGACAAGCCAAAAGAAAAAGCUGGAGAUGGAGUGUGGUAAGAGGAAUUUAAUUGAUGUCAUGAUUGUUGAUGGAACCAUAGAAAAGGGUGGAAGUGGUGAGAAAAAAUUGAAAGGCCAAGCUGCAACAGAGGAUAUUCAAGAACCUGUACCAGAGGUGGUGUUGGAAACCCAACACCGCCUACCUCAAUGA